CUCCCUAUUUUCUCUCCCCCUCCCCUUCACGUUCGCCCCAAACUAUUCUGCUCCCUUUUUUCACUCCCCGUUCUGUUGGAGGCACAUCGAUAAUCUACUCCACUCAUCUUCUUUUCUUUGUUUUAUCGAUUACCACACCAGUGUUUUAAUGUCACGUCAAGAAAGACGCUUACCAAAAUGGAGAUAUCACAUCAACUCCGUUGGGACCAAGUCCUGAUUUUGGCAGCGACACUUAUGUCACCUGCAAUCACUGUGUUGUGUAAUGACAUCCUGGGUCUGAAGGUGGCAGGAGAUCCGGUUCUGACCCCUAACUCUGUCUGCCUGCGGCUGGCGGGCCUGAGCAAGCGUCAGAUUCGUCUGUGUGUGCAAAGCCCCGACGUGACGGCCUCUGCACUGCAGGGCAUCCAGGUGGCCAUCCACGAGUGCCAGCACCAGCUCAGAGACCAGCGGUGGAACUGUUCUGCUCUGGAGAGCCACAGCAAGCUGCCCCACCAGAGUGCCAUCCUCAACAGAGGCUUCAGGGAGAGUGCCUUCUCUCUGUCCCUGCUGGCAGCGGGCGUGGCCCACUCCGUGGCUUCCGCCUGCAGCCUAGGCAAGCUCCGGGGCUGCGGCUGCGAGGCCAAGCGCCGCCUGGACGAGGAUAAGAUUCGCCUCAAACUCACCCAGCUGCAGCUGCAGACCCUCCAGAGGGGAGGAGCCAGAGUGGGCAUGGGAGUGGGUGGUGGAGGAGGGGCACACCCCCAGGAGAUCAGAGAUGUGCCAGCCAGCCUGCGUUCUGGUUCUACCCACCCCUCCUCCCUCCUCAAGCCCCUACCAGAGGACCUCAGCCCCCUGCAGGAGACCUGGGAGUGGGGGGGCUGUAGCCAUGACGCCCGCUUCGGGGAGAGAUUCUCCAGGGAUUGGUUGGACUCCCGGGGCUCCCCACGGGAUAUCCACGCCCGCAUGAGGAUCCACAACAACAGGGUUGGCCGGCAGCUAGUGACUGACAACAUGAAGAGGAAGUGUACAUGCCACGGCACGUCAGGCAGCUGCCAGUUCAAGACCUGCUGGUACGUGUCCCCAGAGUUCAGACUGCUGGGGUCUCUGCUCAGGGACAAGUUCCUCUCCGCCAUCUUCAUUAACUCCCAGAACAAGAACAACGGGGUCUUCAACCCCCGGGUCGCAGCCGGGAAUGGUGCCUCGAAUGGGGUCAGGAAUGGCGCCGAAGGGCCUACUGGGUCUGGAGGCGCGGGGAGCCCAAACAAUGGGGGACGGCGGAGGAGCAGUGUGUCACGUGAGCUGGUCUACUUUGAGAAGUCGCCAGACUUCUGUGACCGGGAGACGUCCCUGGACUCUCUGGGUACUCGGGGCCGGAUCUGCAACAAGACCAGCCACAGCAUGGACAGCUGCGGGUCCCUGUGCUGCGGAAGGGGACACAACAUCCUGAAGCAGACACGUAGUGAGAGGUGCCACUGCCGCUUCCACUGGUGCUGCUACGUGCUCUGCGAGGAGUGCCGAGUCACAGAGUGGGUCAACGUCUGCAAGUAGAUAGGUACAUGACCUGCCAAGGCUCCUGAAAGGAACCACCCAAUAGGACGCAGCGUGGCACUAGGAUCCACCCAUUGACUCCCCAGUGUAAUACUACGCGCCAACCCACCCAAGCAAACCUUUCCUUUGGUACAUGGAUAGACGAUCCACUUCAUCUACUAAGGCCUGACACUUAGUUACUUACUGGUAAUCCUGGGCCUCCGCAAGAGAGUCCGACUGUUUCUAGUCAGCAGGUUACUUGGUUAGCGUUCCUAACCAUGCCCUUCUUAACAGUCCUUCUCCAGGUUGCUCCUGGACAUAUCCAGGACACAGGAUGGCAAAAUGAAAAUCCACCCUUUAGCUUUGUCCAAUAUACACACAUCCACCCAACCAAACCUUUCAUUUCAGACUCGGUGUUUGUUUUUCUAUUUGCGUCGGCUAAAGUCUCCCACAGAAUCUGUUUAUCCCCCACUUCUCUCUCCUUUUUCUUUUUCCGUCAUCUGGGAUCUAUUUUCCCUUUGUUGCCUGUCAAAAUGCCAAGUCAGAGGUUGAAGACGAGGUGACUCAUGUCAUUUGUCUGUCUUUCCUCUGCCUGUUUAGAUGCAGCCCUUUCAGCCAUGGAAAUCUGAAUGUCCUGGACCCCAUCUGGUGUUCUGUUCUGUUCUCCCCUGCUCUCUACUCGGGAACAAAGAACAUCUCAGACAGCAGAAACACAUUAUUAUUUCAACUGAGUAAUGCCCAGGCUAGUAUCACAGUGUACCGUUUUUUGUUUACAUGAAAAAAAUGUAUAUUAAUGUUUGUGUGUGAACUUAUGUUGCCUUCCUUGCUUGGCAUAUGUUGUGUGGGACCAUUUUAUGAGAGGAACAUAUGAGGCCCAAUGACUGAAUGUUGCUCUGCUCAGGAUGGUGAAGUUGAACUGAAGCUGUUAUAAUCGACAAAGCCUGAACUCAACAGUGAGACGCUGGAAAACGGACAUGCCAUGAGUUCUGAUAUGGAGUGUGGUAAUGAACUCCAGAGGAUGAUUAUACUCAUUGGAUAUUUUGCACCUACGCCUCAAGACCACAGGGUUUCAAUUCUUUAAUGCCGGUUCUCUAUGACAAGAACCAGGAUGAACUAACGAAACAGCGCUAAAGAGAACCAGGCGUGAAGGUUCCUCAACGUGUUCCCAUUACCAAUGGAAACAGAACUAGAGUGACUAGGAAUCUAGUGGGGACGGUUUGCUCUGCCCAUUGGUUUUCUUGGAUCGACUGGAGGAGAAAAUCCGUGUUUCAAUCUUCUCUGAAGCAAUUUACCAUUGAUUUGGUGGAAUGCUCUCGGUCCGUCUCCAAACUGAACUGCAGGUCAUUGAGGCCAUGCCUUAGAAUUGUAACCGUCAUUACCACAAACUGUAUUACUGCUGUUUCUUUUGUUUUUGUGAUGUUGUUUUGUGAAUCAAUAGAAUUAUUACGUCACAAA